AUGAGAGUCUCGCCGGCGCCCACCGCGCCAAAAGCGGUCUCAUCUCGCGCACAGAGGCGCGUCCCGCGCACGCGCGGCGUCGUCGAUCGUCGAGCGGUGCCCGUGACGCGCGCACCUCCGAGAGCCGCUACGUCAUCGUCGACGGACGAUAACGCCAACGCGGUCGACGGCGUCGGGUUCUCCGCCGCCGGCAUGAUCUUUCCGUACCACGUGGGCGCGUGGCAGGUCCUCCGCGAGCGCGGACUCAUGACGCCGGACACCCCCGUCGCCGGCGCGUCCGCCGGGGCGCUCGUCGCCGCCAUGCACGCGUGCGGCAUCGCACCGGACGACGGCAACCGCAUCCUCCUCGGGAUCCUACGAGACUGCCGCGACAACGGCGUCGUCGGACGCGUCGGGGCGGUGCUGGAGAGAGCGCUCCGCGAUAACCUCCCCGACGACGCCCACGUGCGCUGCUCCGGCGGUAAGCUCCACGUGUCCAUCACCGCCCCGUUCCUCAUCCCGCUGGACAACGCCGUCAACGACGGCAGGUCCGUGGACAGGGUCGGGUUCAACCGAGGGCCCGUCGCGCUCGACAACGAGAUGGUGUCCUCGUUCGACACGAGGGACGACCUCAUCGGGGCGCUCCUCGCCUCGUGCCACAUACCGGUCUACUGCGGGUGGCCGGCGAGGAUGUACCGGGGCAGGUACAGGGUCGACGGGGGAUGGACCCGACUCACGCCGACGCCGCCGGGAUCGACGCGAGCUGUGUCCGUUGCUUCCUUCCCGCUCAUAGACGCGUGGUCUCAGGCCGAGGAAGGGUCCGGGACGGAGCGGGGAAACUUUUUCGCAAAGAGGGCGACGUUCUGGGAGGACUGGGGGGACCGGGACGCGCGCGGGUUGCUCAUCGCGCCAGACUCGGCGGGCGGCGGCGACUGCGAUCUCGAUUACAUGGAGCUCGGGAAGUGGGCGUUGCUGCCCCAGGACGACGAAACUUUGGAAGAGCUGGUGCGCAUGGGCCGGAGGGACGCAGAGAGAUGGGCCGAGCGCGGUGGGCGCGGGUGCGACCUCGCCCGCCAGGAUGUGGACGACGCCGUGGCUGCGUGA